UUUGCUCAUUAAAAUGUAUUGUGGCAGCUUUGCUCAGCGGAUGCGCUCCAUCCCGAGGAGUAGCUCACGCACAUUGACGAGGCGCUUGACCGGAGCCGCCGCAGUCAUAGCGCCAUGGCACACUGCAUUUAGAGGAUUAACAACCAGUGCCGUAAGGCAUAGUGGAUCAAAUGACUUCGACGUUCUCAUAGUCGGAGGAGGAGCUACAGGGACGGCAUUGUACUAUACACUGUCACACUUUACUAAUAUAAAGAAGAUCGCACUAUGUGAAAGACGCAGUGCAUACGCGCUUGUAGCGUCGCAUGUAAAAAACAACAGCCAAACCAUCCACUGCGGCGAUAUCGAAACGAAUUACACCCCGGAAACAGCCAGAAAGGUAAAGAAAAGUGCAGAUAUGCUACGUAACUGCUUAAGCAAAAUACCACAAAGUGAAUUACACAGCAUCGCUAGAAAGGGACAGAAAAUGGUUAUCGGUGUGGGAGAAAAGGAAUGUGAAUAUAUAGAGAAUAGAUACGCACCAUUUAAGGAAAUAUUCCCAACUUUACAAAUAUUGGAUAAAAACCAAGUGUUCGAUGUUGAACCCAAUGUAGUCAAGGGACGCAAUGCACUACACAGGCCUGAUGAUAUCAGGGCACUCUAUGUAGAUAAUGAACUUACAACAUGUAACUUCAUGGCGCUUUCGGAAUAUUUCAUGAAGGCAGCCAACCACGAUGGAAAGGAACUGAGGGCAAUGCUGAACACUGAAGUAAAAGAAGUAAAGCGAGAGGGUAAUACAUUCCAAGUCCACACCAAUAACGGGAUUAUGAACGCUAAGUUUGUGGUAUUUAGCGCAUGCGGAUACUCACUCCUGUUCGCACAGCGCAUGGGAGUCGGGUUGGAAUACAGUGUGCUACCAGUAGCUGGUAGCUUCUACUUCGCACCAAAUAUACUCAGAGGAAAGGUGUACACAGUGCAAAACCCAGCACUGCCAUUCGCAGCAAUACACGGUGACCCAGAUAUACAUGCAGACAACCAUACCAGAUUCGGUCCCACGGCAUUGCCACUGCCACUGUUGGAAAGAUACAAUAUGCGAAGCCUGCCCGACUUCCUUAGGGUGCUUAAACUUGAUACCCGGGUCAUGGCAGUGUACUUGGACCUGCUCAAGGACACUACGAUAUGCAAGUACAUGUUUAGAAAUAUGCUGUUCGAAGUCCCAGGACUCUCCAGGCUGCUCUUCCUCAAGGAUGCACGCAAAAUAGUACCGACACUCACACUCAAGGAUCUCAGAUACUCAGUGGGUUACGGCGGAGUUAGGCCACAACUGGUGGACAAAGUGAACAAGAAGCUGUUACUGGGACAAAGCAAACUGACAAAUAAUGACGGAUGCAUAUACAACAUCACCGCAUCACCAGGGGCAACCACAUGCAUAUCAAACGCAGAAAUAGAUAUGCGCGAAAUAUGCGCCUACCUAGGUGCGACAAUAGAUGAAAAGAAGCUGAAGCAGCACUUUUUCGAAGGCGAGUACCACAUUUAAAAUGCAAAGAAAAACUAGUC